AUGGACGAAGUGUACGCCAUCAAGCAAACGCAGUUUUUGGGGAAGCCCAUUCAUUAUGUGUGCCAAAGUGCAAAUGGACCAUGUCCACUUUUGGCUAUUGCCAACGUUUUGCUUCUGCGAGGGCAGCUGUCGCUUGAAGGGGUCAUUGAGACCCCUGGUCAUGUAAGUGCACAUAACCUCAUGCAUCUCGUGCACCGCCGUCUUUUAGACACAAACCCACCGCUGAAUAAUGCAAGCGAGCUAGAGCGACUAACGCAGGAGAAAACACUGAAGGACGUUGCUGAAAUGUUACCAAAGAUGUUAGUGGGACUUGAUGUCAAUGUGCGAUUUCACAACAUUACAGACUUUGAGUACACAGUAGCUUGCGCAGUAUUCGACAUGCUUGAUAUUGUGCUAGUGCACGGCUGGCUAUUAGAUGAGCAGGACAUGAAAACGAUGGAAGUAGUGGGUAACAAGUCGUACAACGAAUUGAUCGAGCGCUUGGUUGACUAUCGCGGUGUACUAUUGACAGAAAAUUCAAAUGAAGCUGAGAAACCGAUAGAUGUAGAGGCACUAGCCUCGAAUAUAAUCGUCAAGCCAGUUCAAGGAGAAGAGGAGAAAUGUACUCAAAUGAAGGCACAAGAGUCUCCGCUAGCAGCUCAGACGACAAGAAUACAGAACCUGUCGAUUGACGUUGGUUGUGCACAAGCUUCGGAUCACACUUUAGGAAGUCCAAACUCAGGCACUGUGAUGAUCUUGCCAAAAACAAGUCCUUCGAAGCAGACGUUGGAGACCAUGAUGAUGGAGCGUCACAUGAGUGAUGCAGAUGCGUUGGAUACAGCAACUACUUUAUUAGAUGAGGGGCCAAUACUUGAAGAAUUCUUUAAUUUAACUGCUAAUCAACUCACCUACUACGGACUCGUGAAGCUGCAUGAAGGUGUUCGAGAACGCCAGCUUUGUGUUUUUUUUCGAAAUAAUCAUUUCUCAACAUUGUUCAAGUUCGAAGGCGCUUUAUAUCUCCUGGUUACUGACGCUGGAUACCUCGAAGAACCUACAGUUGUGUGGGAGUUACUUAAUGGAAUAGACGGUGACACGGCGUACUUGGACGCACAAUUUCGCCCUGUGACAUUUUCAGAGCACCAGAAAAAUAUCUUGACGCAGCAAUUGCAGCAGCGAGAACAACAGCAAUGUACAGAUCAAGAGGAGCAGAAAGCGAGCGAUAAAAGCCUUACUGGUCGCAAUUUUUCGAAAAGUGAUGGCGAGCUGAACACAAACGGUAUCAAUACUACCACGACUGGCGAUCCUUUGCUACAAAGUGAGGUUAAUAUAGAAGAAAAGGAUGAAGACUAUUUGUUGGCUUUGAAAAUUCAGCAAGAAGAGGAAGUUGCAUGUCAUAACACGCGUGUGUCCCCUCGCCAUUUGCAGGCUGUUGAAAAAAGGCUUGGAGAUAGCAAAAAUGUGGGAAGUUCUUUGGGUGACGAACAUGCGGCCAUGUCUGUCAGUGCUGAUGGACUAAUGAUAGUCUCAGAGGAAGAACUUGAAGCUCAGCGACAGGCUGAGCGUUUUUAUGAAGAAAAGAAGCGGCAAAUUGACGCACAAUCGCGACAAAUUGACGCACAAUCGCGACUGCGGCAACAGCAAUUUCAGCCACACAGUUAUGGUGCUCCAAGGCGAAGCUCCACAGCAAGUAGUGAUUGCAACAUAUCGUGA